AUGGUGGCGGCGGUGGAUUUUCAAACUGAAAGCUUGUUUGACUACCUGACGAUAGAGUCGAUCCGAUACUCUGGCACGGACAGCCCGCAGAACGUCGAAGUUUUUCAGCCCAUCACGUGGCUCAGCAAUGCCAAGACUGCGGGUCAAGGGUGGCAGCUCUGUCGGGUGUGUGAGUCGACCGAAGCACCAGGGAGCUGCGUAUGCCAACGCGGCUACGAAGCCGCGGCCGGCGCCUGCCAGCAGUGCCGGCCCGGAUACUUCAAGAAGAACGCGUCGUUCAUUCCGUGCUCUCCCUGCCCCGGCGGCACCGCGUCCACUGCGCCCGGCGCGCUCGCCUGCGCUCCCUGCGGAGUCGGCGAAUUUUCAACCCCCGGCGCAGCCGCUUGCGAACUCUGUCCGGCAGGCCGCUAUGCGAUUUUUCCACAGUCCCCGUUGUGUACAGAGUGCCAACAAGGCACCUACAGCACCGUCCAGGGAGCCUUUGAUCAUGCAGUCUGCAUGCCAUGCCCGGAAGGUUCCACAACCCUCCGGGCCGGCGCCAAUGCGUCCUCCGAAUGUAUCAGCGUCAACAGCGAGCAGCUGAUGUUUUGCACUUCCGGCCGCGUCGGAGAGCUCGAGCGAAGGCUCGACGUCUCCUACGCGCAGGCAAAGUCUCGGCAGUCUCUCUACGUGCUCUUGCGGGGCAUCACGGAUCUUUGGUCAGCUGCCUCAAUUCCUGUCCUGGAAGGUACGGCCGAGCAGAGCCUGCAACGUCGCACAAAUAUGACCAACAAGUUGUCCAAGAGACUUGCUGGCAACAAUCGCGCGAAGAUCGACUUGGCAGUGGCACUUCAACAGUGGUUCAUCCAGAUGAGUCAACAUACGAUCGGUCUGCUGGCGCAAGUGCGCGCCCUGGGGCAGCGGUUGGACGAAGACACGGAUGUGGCAGCGCGGGAGAUGCGGAGUAUCCUCGCAGAACAGCCUUCCGAAACCACUGCUUCGCAAGUCGAGCGAGCCCUCGCUGGCCAGGGACCGAUCUGGAUGCCGAUACAGGAAAACGAGGUCAUGCAGAUCGCAGCAAGGACCCGGGCCUUUGGCAUGGUGCAAACGGCUCCCCAUGGUGGCGUUUCGGAUGGAGUGAGUGGCCCUCCAUUAGCCACGUUUAUGGCCGAUCUCGAUGGUCCACCCCUUCGCGGCACUGGAGACAUGGGAUCGGAAGCCAGCUUUGGCGCUCCGAGCUUGACAACACCAGUCGUGUUGCCGGCAGCAGUGCGCGUAGAAUCACAAGGCAGUGGGGGCGAGGGGAUGCUCCCUGGCCCGUCAAGCACUGUUCCUGUACCAAGUUGGCUCUCGGAGUACACAGGAAGUCACAUGUCUGCAGCCCCGGCUCCUACAGAUGGUGGGGGAAUGGGAGGUGGACGUGGCGGCCGUUGGCGGAAACGAGGCUGUGGUGCACCCGACCGGCCGUCAAAGAGUCCUCGCCGCGAAGGUUCGGAUGUCCCGUGGCCGACCACGGCUACAGGCUUGACGCCAGAAGGUAUCGCCAGAGUCCCGCAGACUCUGAUCGCGGAGGAGGACCCCGAGUUGCUACCAGCGCGAGAAGCAGUACCUCCUGUAACUUGGUCCCAAGCGUGGUUGCACAUGCUGCGCUUCGCCGUCGACAAUGGUGCGGAACCUGUCGGGGAAUUGGCAAUCAGUCCCGAACAGGAUGCCACACUCCCAAUAUCGGUGCACGGCCAACCUGUCAGUGUAGUGUGCGAGUGUGCGGAAAAAGUUUGGCAGGAGCUUGUCCAUGUGCUACAGGACCCGCUGCCGGAUCGCUUGCCGCUGCUCUUUGCCGCCAUUCUGAAUGCUCUGCAGCUGCUGCGUGGGUGUCCUCAGGCCCUGCCACAGGUACGUCAGGGUGUCGUGGUAGCAGCACAGGUAUCCGCUGGUGGCCUACUCGACCCAUACAGUUAUGCGCCGGCUACUGCUCAGGAAUGGCUCUUUCCGAGCCUCCUGGUAGAAAAACGUGGUCCUUUCCGUGGGUUCGUUGCGGAGGUGGCUGCUCAGGACGUACAUGUGCAGACACUGAUCACUCAGCCGUGCCCUUUCGAGCCUCAAGAGCUUCUCCGCUGCGCAGCAGGUUGCUUGGCCGUCCUGCCCUGUUGUUCUCCCACCAUGGCUGCCGUCGGCUGGGGCUUCCUGGUGUCUACGGGUGUCGAUCGCCGACAGUGCCCUCGGCAGACAGGCGUGGACCAAUGUCCCUUUGUUCUCCAGGCAGAUGUCCGGGCGCAUGGUGCUUUGUUGUUUCGGUGGAUUGGUACCGCGCUUCAGUUGCGUUGGGACCAGUGGCACUUCCGCAGGCAGGUCGAGCUGGUCUCUGCUCUUCCCACCGAGCAAUAUGUACUGUCGGAGUGGUCUUUAGCCUGGCAUCAAGUGCAGAUACCUGUCGACCUGAGGCCUAUAGGAGGUGUCGUUGCUCUUGCCGAGGUGCACCGUAAUCAGCCUUGUGGGCAGGUGAUUCAGCAUGUUGCAUCCAUGCAAGGGUGUCCUGUCCCUGCCGAUUUGCUGUGUCGUGUAGGGGCGCAAUGGUUCACCCCGGAGGCGUACACACUGUUCGCCGACGCAGAGACCAUUCGAGAGGCUGUGCGUCGUGAUUACACAGGUACCCCGGCCGGGGCUGAGGCUGCACCCCCAUACUUCGAACGCAUCUUGCCACCGUUGCCACAUCUGCCGGCGAUCCAAUUUUUGAGUGACUCAGACAUUGCUGAUCUCCAGCCCUUCGCUCUUGACCUUCGGCCCGUCGGGGAAGGGAUUCAUGUUGCCGCCUCCUUGGCCCAGGACCCGCCGAUUGCCAGAUUGCAUCUUGUACUCGAACGACUAGGCCAAAUGCCUGGUGGCCAGGCUAUCUCUGCCGACCUUGCGCAGGGCGGGCUGACCUUCCUGCAUAAUGAGCAGUGUGUUCCUGCCGAAGCGCCCUUGAUGGUAGAUGGUGCUGUUGUGCUUACAAUCAUGCGGCUUGCUGCUCGUUCCAGUGCGGAGGAUGCCCUAGAAUCCGGAGUCGGAGUCAGAGCCGGACAUGCUGGCUUUGCUUUUUCCAUGAGCCUUGGCCUUUCCACCCUCACAUGGCGACAAUGCUCCGCCGAGAAGGCCCCUGAUACCGGUACACAAGCAGGAGAUACGCCAGCCGUGGAUGUGAGACAAGCACUGUUGGCGGCGGGAGGCCUUAGUGGCAGACAGAUGCCUGUCUUGGCACAGCCUCAGCUACUAACACGUUCUGUGAUACUUGUGGCUCCGAUAAGAGAUCCUGACUUGGUUACAGUUCUUGUUGACGUCGGCACGAGCAUUGUCUGUCUUGAUGUCGGUCGUGGCCAUUGUGGAACAAGUAUCAUGCAAGCCUUGGCUCUUCUGUUCCCUCACUCACUCUUCCGUCUGGAGUUCAACGGGCCUGUUCCUCUCCGAAAUGGGGAUGUUGUGGUAGCACGCCUUGAUCAGGCUGUUACCAUGCCAGACAUGGGAGCGUGGUCCCUAGCCAGCAGGAUUUCUGUAGGGGCUAUGUGGUUGGCGCCUCAUGUUCCCGUGUAUUUGACCACAGCCGACUCUCCUCUGCAGUUGCUGCGUGUCCCUCACGGUUUUACCAAGUCGCAACUGCUGGAAGCGACGCUGGAUUGGUUUGGUGUCCCCGCUGACAAGCACGACUUUCUUCGCCUUCCUCUGGACUUGUCAAUGGCUGACCUCUAUUGUUGGAUUAAGCCAGGUUUGAGUACUCUCACGGUGCUGCUGACAGAUGUGUCGGAUUGCAGCGGUCGCCCCGUUGUGCAAACUGUCGCUGUUGACAGCCACCAGGCACUCACUGUAGGGGCCCUCACCACGCCAGGCCGGCCACAGACGGUGUUUUGGCAGGAUGUUUUGGCCCGCCAGCCAGUGGUUUUACGUUACUUUGCGUUAUCGCCCGAGCAAACCAAAACUGGCCGCCAUUUUGUGUUCAUGCAUCUCGGUGUUGACUUCUGCCGUGCCGCAGCACAUGGUUGGCGACUUAGUCAAAGUGAAGGUACUGCAAUCAUUGACAUGACCCUGCUUCAGCUGCAUCAUUUUGGCACGAGUGUUGACCUGCAAAGCCCUGCUACUUUCCAUGACAAGCCUCUGCUUUGGCCUGCCGCCGCGAGACCCGUUUCUCCGAGUUAUCUUCUCAAACGUCGUGGGGCCAAGGGUUGUACGCCGGCUAUCAUGCCCUCUUCGACCGGCCAAUCCAGGCAAUUGCCGUGCCCCUCCCACGGGGUGGUCUGCAGUGCUCCGUGCCCAGGGGAUUUCCUUCUUUGGGCCAUUCGUGUGGGUGAGUGGGUCAAGGUGGCCUGUACCAGCGCAGUUGAGUGGCAACAUGUGAUGUGGUUAGGGGGGCUUACGUCCUGGGACAUGCCAGGAGUAGCGGUGCACGGUCAUGAUCAAGUUUGGAACUGGCCUGCAGAUCUUUCUAGCCUGGCAGGCCAAUGCGGUCAUUUGAUGCAAGAGGGACAGGAUCCAUUUAUCUGCGAUGUUAGUAGAGGCUUGCUUUUCCGCCUUGGCACUCCCCCCAAUGUGACACAUGGGGAUGUCAUCAGUACGGCCGUGUCAGUCGCUCUGACCAGACGUCGUCUCCCCUUCUCUCUGGCUCUCUUCGGCCUUAGCCUCCUUCUUGCUCCUGUGGCCCAGGCUAUGGCCCCGGAUCUGAAUUCUGAGGAGGACACAUGGGAGGAAUUUCAACUCCUUCUGCGAGAAGCGGGGUUCCAUGAGGAGGGGCCACAAAAAUGGUGGAUCGUCCGUGAUGGGCUGUCACGUGAAUUGUUGCGUCCUGUCCUUCCGUGGACGGAUGACACGGGCCGCCGCGUGCUCACUGUCAACUCACACGGUGGAGAUUUUGUGUGGACCACCCCUCGCAUUGUGCAAGGGGUUGCCCACCUUCUUCAUGUCCCGUCUGGGUCCGCACCUCCGAUGCUAUAUUGGCUCAUGCACUAUCGUGGGCGAGCUGCGGUUAUGGGUACUUCCCGUGCGGUGUUUGAUUGGCAACAAGUCGGCCAAUUUGCUGCGGAGGAAUUCGGCCAUGCCUUCUUUGGGCAGGGUCAAUUUGCCGUGUGGCACGGCGGCAGGGUCAUCAGCUUUGGCUCGCAGGUCCCGGCGCCUGCGCACGGUACUAUUGUCACCCUUGUGCGCACAGCUCCAAUCCACACUCCAGGCCUCACUGCAUGGGAUACUCCGUCCGAGUCUGCCGCUGCCUUUCAUUUUGAGUACGAUAUUUGCCGUGGUCCGGGUGGCGAAAGCCCCAUUGCUGGAGAGCUUUGUGCGCAUGUCGGCCCACUUGGGCCUCUUAGAGUGCAAAAUGAGGAACACGGGGCUGUCGAGCGUGGACGGGACUACGCCCGCCGUCGUGGCUGGCAGCCUAUUGUGGCAGUGCAGCCACAACCCAAUGAUCAGGCAAUCCAUCUGAUUCCGUCGGCAGCCGACAAUUCCCUGGUCGUUUUGGACGCCUACGAGAACCUUACCCGGUCCGACGACUUGCGGAACGGCCCGCAGGGCGUGCAUGAGAGUCCAGCUUCAGCCACCCAAGCGGCGGUUGUUCGGCAUUACCAGCAGACCAAAGGACCGUGGAUCCGUGACUUGAUCCCGGUAUGGCCCAGUCUCAAGCGGGAUCAACUGGUGUUUGUGCCGGAUGUUGAUCCAGUCCGCCGCUGUGUUUGUGUUGUGUUUUGUGAGGCGUCUGGCUGGCGCUCGCUGCUCCUUCCUGACAGAUGUGGGCUGCGCAUGCUCUCCGCUAUGCUCACUUACCUCACGGGUCGUGAUGUACGUGACAUUGGCCUGCCUCCUGCAGUUCAAGCGGCCACUGAACGCUCUGUACACAGAGAAGUGGUCCUGCGACCAGCUGAUGUCUUGGUAGAAAAACCACGGCUGUGUAGGCGUGUAGCAGAUUGGCCGAUACACUCGCUCACCCUCUGGGACCACAUCCAAUGGGCCGAGCCAUUUGUGGUGGCGGAAGCUAGCAUGGCCGCGUUUUGGCACCCGGCAAUCAACCGCCCGAUUUUUCAUGCGAUCCAAGCUGGUGCUCGGUGGGACCCUACACUGCUUACGUUUGGAGGGGACUUUCAGGCUGCCUUUCUAGGUAAAUGGGUACCGGUGAUGUGGCAGCCAGCUAGCUGUCCGCACUUUAUACAGGCAUCGACGCGACCCGGCCGAGUACAUAUUUUGCAUGAAAGCCGUGAAGGGGUGUUUCCGAUGUUUUUCACAAGCCGCACUUCUCGUGCGGAAGUUGCUGAAGAGCUGCAUACACUUCCGGAAUAUGUGGAGGUGCCGUCUGCUACCUUGGAUGAUAUUCAAGGGCCUCUCACAUUGCGAGAUGGGGACGUCGUUCUCGACCUUUACAUGUACGACCGUCAGUCUGAGCUCGCCACUAUUCUGGUGUACGCGGCCGACCAGGUGCGAGCCUUGCUUGUCCCCAGAAAAUUUACAGUGCGCGAAUUGACAGCCUUUCUCCGGCAGUCGCUUCCCACUUUGGGGACCUCCUUAAGGACACCACCUGCUCUGCGCCAGCAUAAGGAACUUCCGAGCAUGCACUUGCAUCUGGGAGAUGGAGACACAUUCGCCUGGCAUUUAGAUUUGGAUCACCCGCUUUUUCAUGAGUCUACGGUGCACAGUUUCCGGUGCCCUGCCUGGUUGCCGCAUCACAACCCGUGGCACGCGGGCUUUAUUCUCCGACAUGGGGGCUGGGUUUGGCUUUGGACGUCUGAUGGACACCCAGACACCCAAUGCGAGCGUCAUUGGCUUGAUAGUGGGAGCCAGUGGCAUCCCGGUUCGUUGCAAUUUGUUCGACCCAGGUGUGCUCCCACGGCAGAACGUUGGGUACCGGCUGGCUAUCACGAGGAUGGCCGUUGUCAUUUUGUGCGCCAGUCGGUCGCGGGCUCUGCUAGAGUUUUGCUGCAUCGUCCAUACAGCGGAGAAUAUCCGGAAUGCUGCCUUAUUGAGCCGGACAAGGGAGUGUGCACAGCCCCAGACGGCUGGUCUCUGGCACCGUCUCUUCGCCGUCGGAUGGGCGAAACCGUUUUGCGAGAUGGUGAUGUACUGGUGCCGGCGCAGUCGGCAGUUACCCGCCUGUCCCCUGCUAUUGGGUGGGCUCUCUUGGCAGGCCUGAGUCGGCGGGCGGCAGCAGCUUUUCUUCUGUCAGGCAUCUGGUGGUCACGGGCCUCUGCAAUGCUUGUCCCGGACGAAGGCCGUGUGGUCCUUACAGUUCGUACAGGUAAGUUUCCUUGGCGUGUUGAUUACGCCGACCGUGCACUUCAUGAGACGGUGCAAGAAGGCCAACGCUGUCGUCUUCUGUCGCCUUUUGCCGUGCAGCCCAACCAGACCUUCGAAGCUAAUCCUGACGAUACUGUAGAAGAGGUUAGGCUGGCACUUACUGGCUCGGAACCGGCCUGGUCAUUUGACCUUACGCCAGUUUGGCCGUCACCAUCCCCGCUUGAACUUACGCUUGUUCCGGUAGCGCCCGCACCGUCACUUGCAUGCGUGCUUAUAGUCACACCGGAUUGGCAGCUGCCGAUGUUGAUUCCACAGCGGGCAGACGCUAACUGGGUGCUUGCAUAUAUUCGUAGUGUGUCUCCGGGACCGGUGCACGGGAUUAAGCCUCCCCUCGGAGCCCAGCCGCACGGGGCAAGUCACAAUGAAGCUGUGAAUUGGAGAGACGGGGAUCUGCUGUUGGCUUUUCCCACUGACAUUGAGUUCAGCGCUAUCGAUAUGCCGGCCUUCCGUGCAGCAGUUACCUCAGAUGUUGCUGCGCAUGUUCGUCAUACGGCACUCUGGUCUUUGGACUUCUAUGUCGAUGUUCCGCUUGACAUUGUCUUGUGGCGGCCAGGGAAACGCCCAGUCGCGACCAAGGUUGACGAGCUCAGGACCAUUGUCAUUGAGACCUUUCAGAAUGGGCGCAUUGUUGGCCUAGGGGACUGCCGUCUCCGCGUGUGGAUGGCGGCGCUAGCUGCAGCCUGGCAGAUACCCUGGUGCGAGGGUAGCCGCAGGCAGUGGUUCGGUCAGUGGCAUGCAAGCACGUUGGACAAGGGCGGGGUGUAUGUGAACACAUUGGUGGACGCACUGGCCACUUGUGCGUGCAAAGGAGGCUAUGACCAUUGGUUGCAAGCCCGUACACCCGACUGGCUACCACCUGAGGAUGCUGCCCCUGCACAGGUAGAUGCGAAAGACCAGACCGCGUCGCCGCCGGCUGUUGGCCUGCAUCUGCUUACUGCCAAUAUUCAGUCUAUAAAGGACCCUGGCCCGAAUCCUUUGAAUCCUUCGGGACACGGCGCCCGUCGCCAGCACCUUUACAGUCAGCUCCAGGCUAUGCAAGCCGACGUGAUCUGCUUGCAGGAGACGCGCGCUCCGGCAGGCCGCUGGGCAACGGGCGGUUGGUUGACCCGGCGCUCAGGCGGCCAGAAAGGCCAGUACGGUUGCGAGAUAUGGCUGAGGCCAUCGCUUCUCCACCCUCCGCUGACCUUGGACUCUUGCCGCAUUCUAGAGUCUAACCCUCGAUGCCUCGUGAUUACAUGCACAGAUCCUCGGCUCCCUGUCACUUUCUGUUCAGCGCAUGCACCACACGCUGAUAGGCCGCCAUCUGAGGCAGUCCAGUUUUGGGCGGAUCUACGCAAUGUGCUGCAACGGGCACCGUCGUCACGUGCUCUGGUAGUUGGUAUCGAUGCAAAUGGAGACUUUUGUGCCCGGGACCCCACAGAGAAUCUGAUUGGUUCCUUGGUAGCAGCACAUGAAGCGACAUCGAACGAUGAGUUCCUCUAUGAACUAGCCACUGCCCUUGCCCUGGAGGCACCUGCCACAUUCAGUGAUGUCCAAGUGGGAGCGGGAUGGUCGUGGGAACAUACCAGUGGCCGCCGUAAGCGACUAGAUCACCUACUUUUCAAUGCAGGGUCGUGGGCGCACCAACAAGCGUGCCAGGCCUGGGAUUUCGAUAUCGUCAAUUCCCACCGUGACCAUGUCGCCCUCCGGGUCCGUACACAGGUCCACCCGCGCGUGGUUGCCGUUGUCAAGCCGCGACGCAGAAAGUGUACCGGCGCAGAGAUCCUCGCUGCAGGAGAGUCCAUCUGGAAUAGCCUUCCAGACGACUUAUUGUCUGGGCGUGCACAUCACCAUCAAUGCCUCUAUGCUGCUGCUUUAGUUGAACAGGAGCAACGUCUCCAGCAACAUGUCCAUCAGUUUGCUAAGCGGGACAAAAGCUCACAUUUUCUGUCCUUGACUCUGUCUGCAUCGGAGCAUUGGCAUACUCAUGGCCGGCCAAUGGAUGCGAUUACGCAUUUGCGAUGGGCCUCACGGCGUGCAGCGGAGCGUCGACAAGUCUCGGCAGCAGGAGGCUUUGCCAUCGAGCCCCAGCUCGAAGAACAGUUUAGGGCCCAGGAGCAAGCGAUCAAGAUUCCAUCUGGGCGUCUGGCACACACUGUUCAGCCGUGGCUUGCUGAGGCCGCGCCCAUGUGCACGGGUGCUAUGCCUUCUCUCAUCGAUAUGGAAGUCGCAUGUCGACGCCAAUCUGCACGUAAAGCUCCAGGUCCGGACGGAGUCAUCAAUGAGCUCUGGAAGGGUUUUCCAGCGAAGGCUGGUAAGUGGCUUUGGGCUGUGACAGCUAAGAUCGCCCUUACCGGUAAAGAGCCCUAUCACUUCAAAGCAGCGGUAUAUUGCGCGCUGUACAAGAAGGGGCCUGCUGCACUACCCCAAAACUAUCGAGCAAUUGCCUUGCUCAACGGGGUCGCCAAGAUAUGGCACGGGCCAGGGAUUCCGGUAGGCUUUGCACUCGCGGCCUAUAGGUUGAUCUUUCAUGGCGAGGCCUUGGCCGAUGAUGCAGCGGCCCGACCUCCCGACACAUGGCACCUUGCUGCCCUGGCAGAGCAUCUCGCCAACACAGGUGCUCUCGAGCUUCUGGGUGUGCCUGCUGAGGAAAGAGCACUCUUUCAGGACUGUGUGGCCUACUCACAUUGGCACCUCGCGGGCUCUGAGAGCAUUUUCGUGGCCUCCCGUGGCUCGAGACCAGGGGACGGUCUGGCAGACAUCCUGUUCGGCGCACUUUUCGCAGUUGCACUGCGCCAUAUCCGCCAGGCCUGCAGUGAAGCUGGAGUAUCGCUUCAGGCUGCAGGCGCUUUUGUGGGCCUGCGAGAGGAGGUGCUCCCGCUCGGAUGGGCCGAUGACCUAGCCAUCGUUGCCGAUUUUCGUACACCGCAGUUGCUCGAGUUGCAGUUGCCGGUCUUUGCCAGCAUUGUGCUCUCAACACUGGAGUUAUUGCGCUUUCGCAUCAACUUGGGCCCUAGCAAAACUGAGUUCCUUCUUGAUGUCCGUGGUCCCGGGGCGAAACAUGUUCGCGGAUACUGGCAGACGCGACAUGGAGUUAAGCGCGCAACGUGCUCACGCAGCGUGGGCCCACGCAAAGAGCUUGUUAGCCUGUGCCUCACUCCCAUGGCGGUUGAAGCAAGCGUGGGUUGCAGGUAG